AUGGAGGAUAUCGCCCCCGAGUACGAUGUUGUUGUGCUUGGCACAGUGCGUGCUCUCGNNGGCGAGGCUGCCUCUAUCAACAUCGAAGCUCUCUUCAAGAAGUACGGCAACGACAACGGCAGCGAGCCAUGGAAGAAGUACGGCCGCCCCAACGACUGGAACAUCGACCUUGUUCCCAAGCUCCUCAUGUCCAACGGAGAACUCACCAACAUUCUCGUCUCGACCGAUGUCACCAGAUACCUCGAGUUCAAGCAGAUCGCUGGCAGUUAUGUCCAGACCGGCGCUGGAAACAAGGCCAACGUCGCAAAGGUUCCCUCGGACGCCUCGGAGGCUCUCCGCAGUCCUCUGAUGGGUCUGUUUGAGAAGAGAAGAGCAAAGAAGUUUCUGGAACUGAUAUACUCGAUAGGCAUGAACCUCAACCAGUUCACCAUGAAGGAGGUCUACGACAAGUUUGGUCUGGAGCCUUCAACAAGAGAUUUCAUCGGUCACAGCAUGGCUCUGUUCACAACCGACGACUACAUCAACCAGAAGGGUGCUGCCAAGGACGCCAUCGAGCGCAUCAGACUCUACGUCAACUCAAUGGCCAGAUAUGGAAAGUCCCCCUACAUUUACCCUCUGUACGGUCUGGGCGAACUUCCUCAGGGCUUUGCUCGUCUCAGUGCCAUCUACGGCGGUACCUACAUGCUGAACACCGAUGUCGACGAAGUACUCUACGAGAACGGCAAGGCUGUUGGUAUCAAGGCAACCAUGAAGGAGCGUGAUCAGGAGGGCGAGGGCAUGACCUUCACAACAAAGUGCAGCAAGAUUCUGGCAGAUCCCUCAUACUUCCCCAACAAGGUUAAGCCUGUUGGUCACCUUUUGAAGGCUAUCUGCAUUCUGAACCACCCCAUCGAGAAGACAGACAACUCGGACUCUGUCCAACUCAUCAUUCCUCAGUCGCAGAUCGGCAGAAAGCACGGUAAGAUGAAGAGGAUGCUAUGGUGGGUGUACCACAGGGCUAACACAUUGCANGACGUGUACGUCGCCAUGGUUUCGUGGGCGCACAACGUGGCUCCCAAGGGCUACUACAUUGCCAUUGUCUCGACCAUUGCCGAGGGUGACAGCAACCACCACCUCGAGCUGCAGGCUGGAUUCGACCGCCUCGGCAAGAUCGAGGAGAAGUUCAUGGGACCUCCCAUUCCCAUCUACGAGCCCCUUGAGAGCGGAGAGAAGGACAACAUCUUCAUCUCGAGAAGUUACGACGCAACCAGCCACUUCGAGACCACAACAGACGACAUCCGUGACGUCUACCGCAGAGCAGAGGGCCACGAGUUGGUGGUCGAGGGCCUGCGUGAAGGACAGAACCUGGUUGCCGAGGAGUAA